AUGGCGGAAGGCAGUAACGGAGACCAGAAGAAGAAACUGGCCAUUAUUAGCAUCUCCAUGAUCCUUCUUGUGGCCAUGAUCGCGUCGGUGCCCCACGUGGCAAAAUCUCAGAAGAAUGUUGAGGUGAUUUGCCAAUCCACGGAAUACAAAGAAACAUGUGAAAAGAGUCUUGCAGAUGCAUCAACCAAAACCUCAGACAUGAAAGAACUCAUAAAAGCAGCAUUUAACUACACAACGGUUGAGUUAGCGAGUCACAUUGAAAACUCAACCUUAUAUCAAGAAUUGGGAAAGGAUAACAUGACAAAACAAGCCUUGGACAUAUGCAAAGAAGUGUUGGGCUAUGCGGUUGACGACAUGCAAAAAUCAAUUGAUAAAAUGGACAAAUUUGAAUUAAGCAGAAUCAAUGAAUAUGCAUAUGAUAUCAAGGUUUGGGUGGCAGGCACCAUUUCCCAUCAGCAAACAUGCUUAACCGGCUUCGAUAACACGUCGACAAAAGCCGGCGAAACCAUGGCCAAUGUGCUCAAAACCUCCCUAGAACUUAGUAGCAAUGCCUUGGACAUGAUCAAUGGAAUAUCCAAGGUACUCAAGCAAUUCGACUUCAGCUCAAUAACCGCCGCUAGUAGUACUAACCAUAGGAGGCUUCUUGAUGAAGAAACUUCCCAUUCUAAGGAUGGGAUUCCUUCAUGGGUGGGUGAAAGCCAAAGAAAGCUUAUUAAGGCGGGUCCGACCGGCGGCAUGGGUGGCAUUGUUGGACAGCCUAAUGCAGUUGUGGCUCAAGACGGCAGUGGACAGUUUACAACACUCACCGAUGCUCUUAAAACCGUGCCAAAGAAGAACUCAAGUCCCUUCAUAAUUUACGUUAAGGCUGGCGUGUACAAAGAGUAUGUCAAUGUUGUCAAGAAUAUGGAUCAUGUCAUAGUUGUUGGAGAUGGCCCUGACAAGACUAUAUUCACCGGUAGCAAGAAUUAUGUUGAUGGUGUCCAAACUUAUAACACCGCAACCUUCGGUGUGAAUGCUGCCAACUUCAUGGCGAAGAAUAUCAGAUUCGAGAACACAGCAGGGGCAGAAAAGCACCAAGCUGUGGCACUCAGAGUAACAGCAGACCAAGCCGUGUUCUACAACUGCCACAUGGACGGUUUCCAAGACACGCUUUACGUCCAAUCACAACGCCAAUUCUACCGUGACUGCACCAUAACAGGCACCGUAGACUUCGUAUUCGGCGAUGCAGCUGGAGUCUUCCAAAACUGCAAGCUACUAGUCCGAAAGCCGUUAUCCAACCAACAAUGCAUGGUCACAGCAGGUGGCAGAACCAAAGUUGACAGCCCAACUGCAUUGGUUUUCCAGAGCUGCUACUUCACCGGAGAGCCUCAACUUGCCACGUUGAAAACCAAGAUUUCAUACUUGGGUAGGCCGUGGAGGAUAUACUCCAAGGUGGUGAUCAUGGACUCCAUCAUUGAUGAUAUCUUUGUGCCUGAAGGAUAUAUGCCAUGGAUGGGAAGCGCGUUCAAGGACACGUGUACGUAUUAUGAGUAUAACAACAAGGGUCCUGGUGCUGACACGUCGAAGAGGAUUAACUGGCCUGGGUUUAAGGUCUUGAAUUCUCUUGAAGCCAUGAGUUACUAUCCUGGAAGAUUCUAUGAGCUUGCUAAUUCAACUGAUCGUGAUGGUUGGAUCAUUAACUCUGGUGUUCCGUACAGUCUUGGUCCCUUGCUUGCCACCACUAACGCCGGCACCACCGCUACACCUGUCCCCACUAUCUUAACUGCCAUGCCCGCAGCCACACCCGUUAUUUCUGCAGCCAAAACCACAGCCUCAGCACCCGCCACUGCCACCACUGCAUAA